AUGGAUCCUUCCAAAUGGCAUACCGGGUCACUACACUGGGCUGCCAAUACCUACCUUCUGCUCGCUCCUAGAAUCAGCGUCAAAGGCCGCAUGGCUCUCCUAAUGCUGGUGGCCGUCGUAUGGGCCUUUACAUGGCUUCUAUGGCGUGCCUACUCAGUCCUGACCACUCCCAACGACAUUCUCGUCGAAAAACUUGGUCUCGAUAUCCCUCCCACUCCGCUUAUCACCCUCGAAGAGAUCUCCGAACAUGAAUUGCAGAUCACCUGGAAGUAUUCGGAACCGUCCACCUCCGUCCAAGAGCAUCACGUUGAGGUAAAUGGGAGACUUAUUGGGACUACAAAAAAGCAUGAUAUGGGCGCGGCUAUUUACGAUCUUGUUCCGGGCAACAGAUAUGAUAUCCGAGUCUUUUGCGUUAGCUCUACAGAUUUCCAAACACCGAGCCAGGCCCUUCACGUCCGCUUGCCCGGGUCACCGCCUGCCGCCUCGCAAGAGGAAGCAUUCGAAUCUGUACCUAAAGUCCGGGCCAUCGCGAUCCGAAAUGCUGCAUCGCUUGCUCCGGUGCCUGCACCUGCCGUGGCGCGGGAGUUCAGCGGUGGACAGCCGACGACGCGCAGGGGAACAACCGGCCGGAGACCGUCGCCCGCGAAUCACCCUGUCGACGCGCAGCAGGCCCAAGACAUUGCACCACGAGCCAUGGACGAAGAGGAGGAUGGCAAUCUUGCAGAGUUGUCUCAAAAAUUUCAGAAGGCGCAGCAAGACAUAGACGGGGUGGAGCAGCAGAUUCAGGACGAGGACAGAGACUUUCAGGCGUCGCUCAAGGAGCUAGAGGCUCGCCGUGAUGACUUGAAACAACUUCUGAAAGAUCGUGAUGAAGCAAGCAGCGAUUUGCGCAAGCAAGUGCACAAGGCUGAAACCGCCAGUAGGACAGCCUUGAACGAAAAGACGAAAAAAGAGCGACUGUUACAGCAGCGGGAGAACCAGAGGAGAAAACGUCGGGACGAAAUCGCCAAAUGGGAAGAGCAGACUGCCUGGAUGAAAGAAGAAAUCGCCGGCAUCGAGACUCAAAAAGCUGCCAUUGAGCAGAGGGCGAAGUCGGAUCUAAGGGAGAUCCGCAGGAAGAUCGAAGAGGAGCAGAAAGAGGUGGCGAUGCUGGAAGAUGACAACAAAGAAAAGGCCCGACAGAUAAAGACGAUGGAAGAAGAGCGGCAGCAGGUGAAUGUCGAGGAUGAGACAGACGAGACCCGAGAAGCCGAUAGACUCGAUCUCGAACGCGACCAGAGGUGGAGGGCAAGAUAUGACGCUCUUCGUCGCACGCAUGCAAGCCUGUGGCACGAGUUCAAGACCAUUCAGCAGCAGGUCAAUCUUAUGCAGGAGCAGAUCAAUGUCGCCCGUGCCAGCAGGGCUACGGCUGUGACUUUUGCACCGAUACCGCCAUUCGACCCCGAAAUGUAUCGACCCAAUAUCCGGCAGAUGCGACGGCAGCGCCACACUAGCUCCCAUGGGAGUAGCAUUUCCUCACCUCGGGGUCCGUUCAAUGGGCCCGAGCCUCUGUCGGCUGGUGUGCAAUACACGCCAGUAGCAAAUAUGUCGCCAACAUCCUUGUUGCCCGGUUUUUUCAACCCACAGAAUGGGAUGACCUUUAUUCCCUCGGGCAUCAACACUUCCGCUGUUGACGAUGUAGAGCCCAUGACAAAUGUCCCGAUGAGCCCUCGAGCAGACCUACUGCUCCCAGCUGAUCUACUUGGAGACGAAUCGGCGGAUGAGCUGCCUGAUCCCGAGCUUAACCCUGAUCAGAAAGACACCUCGGACCCCGGCACGAUACCAUUCCCCAAGAUUGGCUCUCCCGCAUUGCAAGAAGCUCUUCGUACACAGACGCCUUCGUCGGGAUCUUCUUCAGGGCGGUCCUUUUCGAGUCCGAUGCAAACUUCAGCGCCUGCUGCAGAGACAGAAAAGUCAUCGGAUUCGGGAACCAAGUCAGACGAAAGACCGUUGGAAGGUAUCGAGGAAGAUGUACCCCAACAAGCCACCAAACCCAAGUACAUGUCGAUGUCCUCUAUGUUCGGACUUAACAGGCAGCGUGGGAAGACACUGGCUGACCAGCCACCUCUACUUGGAUCUCUCAAGGCGGGCCAGAGUCAAUCGUUUCCGAGGGAAGUGGAUGAGUUCGACCCUGGCUCACAGCCCAGAAGACGCCUUUCUUAUGGCGGGAACUGGGCUUUCCCUGGAACAUUGUUGAAAGGCCACGGUACUGAAGAAAAGGACCCAGAAUCCUCACGUCUCGCGUCAGCCCGACGCUUUGGAUUCCCCGGGUUUGGAAAGCCAGCUACACCGUCCGGAACAUAUGAUCCUUUUGGGAUUCGUUCAGGGUCGUUUGAUCCUGGUCUUCGGGGCGAUACUUCUUCUCCACGGCCCUCUUCUACUUAUUCAUUCGACAAACUGCCUCGCCCUUCACUGGAAGCCCAAUUUAAUGCAUGGAAUCUGGACAAGCCAACGAUCAGAAAUAGCCCGCUGGCCCCGGAUUGGACCUCUUUCCAGUCGUUUUCCCGCAAUCACUCCCGUCGACCGUCGAUCGUACAUGGGUCAACAAGUAAUUUGUCACUGCCACAGAACGAGCAGAUCGUCAUCGAACCCGAUCGUAAGCCGAUGCGACCCUUACAGGCGCCGAUCGGCACUCGACCUAAGUCAUCUCAACAAGCCUCAACCCCCAAGCUCAACCCUGCGGCACCGUCUUUCACCACCAUAUUCGGGCGCAAAGGCGACAAGACCAAGGAGAAGUCGAAGGCAAAAGAAUCCAAAGAGAAGUUGACUGACCAAGAGGCCGCGUCGCCGCCCGAAUCAAGGAAAUCUCGUGGAGAUGCUAGUUCACUUGCCGCCACCAUCUCAACGCUGGAUUCUGAUACUCUGGACCGGACCGCAUCCAUCACAAGUGCCAAUGUGUCGAUGGAGAGCACCGCUUUUAGCAAACCGACCUUCAUCUCCAAGAUUACAAGAAAGGCCAGCAGCAAUAAGUUUGGAAGCUGGAAAGAGAAGAGCGGGGGGUUAUUCUCUAGAAAAGAAUCAUCGGUCCCCAACGGUGAGAACGAGGAAGAACAAGGAUCCAGCGAGUAUCUUCAUCUUGGAAGAAGCUUGGAGAGUACGUCGACGACACCCAGCGCUGAAGAAAAGAAGACCAGCAGGAGUAGUUUGAGCAACUGGAGCUUUAUGCGCAAGAGCAAAAAGGGCAAGGAAGACUUGACCGCGAGCGAGAUCAGUGAGAGCAGUGAACGUGCCAGCGAUUUGGGAGAUGAAAUAGAGGAGGAGGAAGAGGUAUGA